ACUGUUAUCGUACUUUUGCAUAUCAUUGUUGAAGCCAUUUCUAGGUAAUUGUGAAGAGAGGAUUUUGGAAAAGUCACGAUUUGGGAAAAUGGCACUUUCUAAACCGACUGAUUUCAUAUACAGAUUCGUUGGCGCAUAUUUAGAACGACUCUACAGUAAUCCGUUGAGAACGAAGGCUGUAACGAGUUGCAUCCUUGCCUCCCUUGCAAACGUAUUGUCCCAGAAAUUGUCGGGUGCGAAGCAGAUUAAUAAAGACAACGUCAUUGCCUUUGCUCUGUUUGGCUUAUUCAUUGGUGGACCAGUGCCACAUUACUUUUACACGUACAUAAACUUGUUUGUAAAGAAUCCUUUGGGGCUUUUUCUGGUAGAGAGGUUCAUUUUUAUGCCAUGUUUCCAGGCUCUGGCACUUUACACCUUGGCUCUCUUUGAGGGUAAGUCACAUAAAGAAGCAUGCAAACAGAUGGAAAGGAUGUAUUUGCCGACGGUGAUGAGUAAUCUGAGAUAUCUGACACUGUUGCAGUUCCUCAACAUAAGAUAUAUUUCGCCGAUGCUGAGAGUCUUGGUAGCGAACUGCAUCGCUUUUCUAUGGUCCAUCUAUCUUGCAAACAAGAGGAACAAAAUUUCAAAGGGGAAAGCUUAAGAAGAUCUACUUUGUUAUGCGAUUUAUAAUUGUUAUUAUAAAUAUUUUAUAUGGUAAAUGUAUAUCUCUGUAACAAUGUACAGAAGCACAGCGACGCUUUCACGUGUUGAAUAUGAAAAUACGGUUUCUGAUCA